GCAGCGAUGCCGGACCCCGCGGCGCACCUGCCCUUCUUCUACGGCAGCAUCUCGCGCGCCGAGGCCGAGGAUCACCUGAAGCUGGCUGGGAUGGCCGACGGCCUCUUCCUUCUGCGCCAGUGCCUGCGCUCGCUGGGAGGCUACGUGCUCUCCCUGGUGCACGACUUGCGCUUCCACCACUUCCCCAUCGAGCGCCAGCUCAACGGCACCUACGCCAUCGCUGGCGGGAAGGCGCACUGCGGGCCUGCUGAGCUCUGCGAGUUCUACUCGCGCGACCCAGAUGGCCUGCCCUGCAACCUGCGCAAGCCGUGCAACCGGCCGUCGGGGCUCGAGCCGCAGCCCGGGGUCUUCGACUGCCUGCGCGACGCCAUGGUGCGAGACUACGUGCGCCAGACGUGGAAGCUGGAGGGUGAGGCCUUGGAGCUGGCCAUCAUCAGCCAGGCUCCCCAAGUGGAGAAGCUCAUCGCCACCACAGCUCACGAGCGGAUGCCCUGGUACCACAGCAACCUGACACGCGAAGAGGCCGAGCGCAAACUCUAUUCAGGCUCUCAGACCGACGGCAAGUUCCUUCUGAGGCCCCGGAAAGAGCAAGGCACAUAUGCACUGUCUCUGAUCUAUGGGAAAACCGCGUACCACUACCUCAUUAGCCAGGACAAGGCUGGCAAAUACUGCAUACCAGAGGGGACCAAAUUUGACACGCUCUGGCAGCUGGUAGAGUACCUAAAGCUGAAGGCCGAUGGGCUCAUCUACUGCCUGAAGGAGGCCUGCCCCAACACCAGCGCCAGUGCAGGUGAGCAGGGCAGUGCGGGGGCCGCUGCUCCCACACUCCCAGCCCACCCAUCCACAUUCACUCACACUCAGAGACGGAUUGACACCUCCAACUCAGAUGGAUACACCCCUGAACCAGCAUGCCUAGCAUCCCCAGGGAAACCACGGCCAAUGCCCAUGGACACAAGUGUGUAUGAGAGCCCCUACAGUGACCCCGAGGAGCUCAAGGACAAGAAGCUCUUCCUGAAGCGUGAGAACCUCAUCAUGGCUGACAUUGAACUUGGUUGUGGCAACUUCGGCUCAGUGCGCCAGGGUGUCUACCGCAUGCGCAAGAAGCAGAUUGAUGUGGCCAUCAAGGUGUUGAAACACAGCACAGAGAAGGCGGACAAGGAUGAGAUGAUGCGCGAGGCACAGAUCAUGCACCAGCUGGACAACCCCUACAUCGUGAGGCUCAUCGGCGUCUGCCAGGCUGAGGCCCUCAUGCUCGUCAUGGAGAUGGCAGGCGGUGGGCCCCUGCACAAGUUCCUGAUCGGGAAGAAGGAGGAGAUCCCUGUUAGCAACGUGGCGGAGCUGCUGCACCAGGUGUCCGUGGGGAUGAAGUACCUGGAAGAGAAGAACUUUGUGCACCGUGACCUGGCAGCCCGCAACGUCCUGCUGGUCAACCGGCACUAUGCCAAGAUCAGUGACUUUGGCCUCUCCAAGGCACUGGGCGCCGAUGAUAGUUACUACACAGCCCGCUCGGCAGGGAAGUGGCCACUCAAAUGGUACGCACCUGAAUGCAUCAACUUUCGAAAGUUCUCCAGCCGCAGUGAUGUCUGGAGCUACGGAGUCACUAUGUGGGAGGCCUUCUCCUAUGGCCAGAAGCCCUACAAGAAGAUGAAGGGCCCCGAAGUCAUGGCCUUCAUCGAGCAAGGCAAGCGGAUGGAGUGCCCGCCAGAGUGUCCGCCUGAAAUGUAUGCACUUAUGAAUGACUGCUGGAUCUACAAGUGGGAAGAUCGUCCAGAUUUCCUGGCCGUGGAGCAGCGCAUGCGGACCUACUACUACAGCUUGGCAAGCAAGGUUGAGGACCCCCUCGAGUGUGGGAAGGGGGCCGAGGCCGCCUCUGCCUGA